AUGGCGUCUCCUUCCUCCAUUGUCAAACCUUUGACAAUGAUCUUCAUUGUCCUUUUUCUGCUAAUUUUUCUGUCUCUCCCACUAUCGUCGUACUCCGCAAAAACUGUCCCCGUACAUGAAAUAUGUGCAAAACACACAAACCCUACUUUCUGUACUGAAGCCCUAAAACCAAAAUCUGGUUCUGGUCUGCAAACCCUAAGCCAUUAUGCCACCAUGGACGUAGCUCACCUCCAUGCCUUCCAAACCAUCACUGAUCUUCAUGACCUCAUCGCCAACACAACUGAUACUCAGAUGAGACAACAUUAUACAACUUGUGCGAUAGCGUACGAUGAUGUUCUGAGUCGUCUUCAGGAUACUUCAAGGGCUCUGAAUUCUGCAGAUUACAAUCGCAUGACCUCUGGUGCGAAUGAUGUCAUCAAGUAUGUUAAGGAAUGCGAUUCGAAGCCACCUAGUACUGAUCCAUCAUCGGUUCCGAAAAGUAAUAAGGAUCUGGAGGAUACUGCUUUGAUCAUUGUGAUUAAAGCAGGUUUACUUAGCCAGAAUUAA